AUGACACUUCCGAUGCCGAAACUACCGCCGCUUGUACCUGAAGAAAGCAGAAGUUCUUUUUUGCCUUUUCUCACUCAUGUCGCCCUCGAAAAGGAGGAUUUCCUCUUCCCGCCACCUCGCGCAGAAGCAGAAGUUCUUUUUUGCCUUUGCUCACUCAUAGUGAAGGCCCAGUCGAAGAUUUGCUCAGAAUCGGUCGUGAAGAGUGAAGGCCCGGUCGAAGAUUUGCUCAGAAGAGGUGAUCGAUUUCUGCUCAGAAAGAAGAAUGAAGAUGAUUGUUUGAAGAAAUAUUUUUGCAGAUUUGCUCAGACCUUCAUAAAUUAUACUUCGAAGAAAGGUAUUAAAUUUCCUCCAUACCUUGUUACUGAGAUACCUCUUGAGCUGCGGAAAUCUAUUGGACUGCCUACUCGAGCAAUGAAUACGCCGAGAUCCCCUACUAGUAGUUCAUGGUCUGAAUCAGCCGCCAGAGCUCUAAAACAGCGCAAAUUUGCCGUAGUCAGCCACAUUGCUAUUGCUGCUGCUGUUCGGACCCCGGUCGAGGCCUCAACGGCGAUCUUUCCGGCAGACAAAAGUGACUCCAUAUCACCAGAUAUUGAUUUGCUGAAGUUUGUAAAAUGGCUUAUUGGUUGGUAA